AUGCUUUGUUCUACUCCUAAAGUUCUAAUCGGGCCUUCCAUCCUCGGCGCGGAUCUUUCAGACCUAUCUUCUGUCUGUUUGCGUCUUUUGGAUGCUGGCGCUGAUUACCUUCAUCUCGACGUUAUGGAUGGCCAUUUCGUUCCAAAUAUAACAUUUGGUCAUCCUGUUGUUUCGUGCUUACACAAACAUUUACAAGAGGGCACUUUUCUUGAUCUUCACAUGAUGGUUGCCAACCCAAUUCAGUGGAUCCAACCGAUGGCAAAGGCAGGAGCCAGCCAGUACACUUUUCACCUAGAGGCAGAAAGUGAUCCAAAAAAAUGCAUUAGACUGAUUCGCGAAGCUGGUAUGAAGGUGGGGCUCGGAAUCAAGCCCUGCACUCCAGCUGUAGCCGUCUUACCGUUCGUCGAAAACGUUGAUAUGAUUCUUGUUAUGACUGUAGAACCGGGCUUCGGAGGACAAUCUUUCAUGAGUGAUAUGUUACCCAAGGUAAAUGAAUGA